UCUCACAUCGGGAAAUUCGACCCCAGGACCGAGCGCCGUCGGUUUGAGCGCAUGCGCAUUGAGAGCGCGCUUCAAUGCUCAGGCUUUUCUCUCGCGAGGAAGGACGCCAUUAUCGGACUCUUCACAAACAACACGAGAAUUCAUCACUCACACGGUUUAAAGGAUGUCAGAGCAAGAUUUGGUGGAGAUUGUCCAGAUUGCGGUGGCAGAUUUGAAUAACGAGGGUCACCAAACUGAUGACCUGGACAAUAAUGUAGAAGCUGAACAACCUGAACAACCAGUGAGGAAGCGUGCAAGAAUGGAGCGUAAUCAAGAGUCUCUUAAAUCAAUGCUGAUAUCAAUAAGCCAGACUAUCUGCCAGCGUCUUGACAACAUGGAGGCUAAGCUGCAGGGCUUAGAGUCCACCUGUCGAAAUUUGGUGGAGAAGGUAGACAUAGUGGCAAGGUGCAACCAGGGAGCCAUACAGGUACCGAUGGUGGCCGGUUCCCCAUUUGGAGCCACUCAGACUAGUGACAAAGUGCGCUGCGUUGUUCCCCAGACGAACGUCAUAGUGAGCGGCGAGAAGUCGAAGACUUUGAAAGAGGAGAUUGCGGCACGCUCCUCAGACUCUUUGGAGAACCUGCUGAGCAAUACCGUUGGGCGUGGAAAACAGAAGACCAUCGUGCUGAAGGUGCCGGUCCAUGAAGAGAUUCAUGACGAUCAGGAAAGUGGCUCUGAAACGAGUGAUUCGGUGUCCAACAGUGGCCAACAGUCAUCUCAGGGCACCAACAAUGUGACGCUCAUAACGCUUAACUCAGAGGAGGACUUUCCAAAUGGAACGUGGCUGGGUGACGAGAACAACCCGGAGAUGCGCGUGCGCUGCCCGGUGUCUCACACGGACAUGCUGCACAUCACCACCAACUGCCGCACGGCGGAGAAGAUGGCGCUGACGCUGCUGGACUACCUGUUUCACCGUGAGGUGCAAGCCGUCUCCAACCUCUCCGGGCAGGGCAAGCACGGCAAGAAGCAACUGGACCCUCUCAUGAUCUACGGCAUUCGAUGUCAACUGUUUCACAAGUUCAGCAUUACGGAGUCCGACUGGUACCGCAUCAAGCAGAGCAUCGACUCCAAGUGUCGCACCGCCUGGCGCCGAAAGCAGCGAGGACAGAGUCUGGCGGUUAAGAGUUUCUCGAGACGAAACACAGGAUCGCAAAGCAGUUCAGCAGAUGGAGUCUCGGCUGCAGAGACGUCAGCUAUCGAGACUUCUACUCAGCAGGCCUUGCAUUACGCUUUGGCCGGUACGGCACAACAAGUACAGAUCCACCGUAUAGGAGAAGAUGGACAAGUGCAAGUUAUUCCACAGGGACACCUCCACAUCGCUCAGGUGCCUCAGGGGGAACAGGUGCAGAUUACCCAGGACAGCGAGGGCAACUUGCAGAUCCACCAAGUGCAUGUUGGUCAAGACGGACAGGUAAACGUUCUGAGAGGACCACAGCUGAUAGCGGUGGCGUCGGCCGACGGGAGCGGUGCGGUCGAAGCAUCUCCUCUCCAGGCUAAUGAUAUUCAAGUCCAAUACGUCCAGCUUGGAGCAGUGACUGACCAUGCUGGUGCAGUACAAACGGAAGCUUUGACUCCAGCGCUGCAGUCGGAGAUGGAGGUGAAGGAAGCCAUGCAGCUCCAGCAAGCCGAGAACGGAGAGGUGGUCCAACUCCAAAUGCCCGUCAACACCGUCAACACAUGAGACGUUCACACGCAGACCUUCUCAUGCUUAAUAAACAUAAAUAUUCAGCAGGAGAAGUCUCGGCCGAGGAGAGCGAACACCAGAACUCUCAAACAAAGUCCAGUCUCCAGUCAAGAAUUAUUAGUAAAGCAAAACCAAGUUGUUUUAACGCGCAACUCAAAAUUACUGUCGGUUCCCCACCCAUAACAAUCGUAGCAUCCAAUCUGCUUCGUAACAUAUAAGCAAUGUUGGAUUCAUUCGGUUUUAUCUAGCGUCGAUCAAAGCAAAGUCUUUUCUUCAUAAGCAAAGCAAAGAACUGUCGAACUUGGAGGUGUUUACAUAAUCCUACAUGAAAUCUCUUUUUGUGUCAAUUCUUUUUUAAAAACCUUAGAUAGAUCUUUCAGUUUCGCUGUCCUUUCGUGAUGUUUAUUUUAAUUUUUUUGCCGUGUGUGUAUGGGUAGUGUGCCAGGACGAUAUUUAAGGGCCGCCCUAUUUCUCCCUUUAUCAAUAUCUGAUUUGUUUUCGUAUUAGUUAACUUUUCCUUUAUUGUACAACAAAUAAACCUACUGAAAGUGUUGUGAUGCAUUUUUAGGGCAGUUUACUGAAACGCAGCAAAAACGACAACAACAAUCCUGUGUUUAUGUAGUAUAUGAAAUAUGUACUUUUUCAUAAAUAUAUAUUUGUGUAUGAAGGAUUUGUUCAAAAAAUAUUAAAUGAUUUGUUGUUUUCA